AUGUUAGAUAUUCCAAAACUUAAGAAAUUUAUAUUCCCUUUGAUUGGAACAUUGACCAUCUUUCAAUUAUCACUCCAAUAAUCAAUGCCUAUUCAUACUUUAAAUAAACUUUUACAAUCUCAUUCUAAUUCAAAACAAGCCCAUGAAACCUUGAUAUUAUAAAAUGGAAUCUAUAUAUUUGGAUGUGUUUUGGGAUCUGAAACCUACAAGUAUCAUCAUUAACCAUAAGCACUAGAUUACUAGCAAAUCAGUCUAGCAAAUUUAUUUUUCUCUUAUCAGACCAAUUGCACAGUCUUAUUACUCUCUAUUACAACUAUGGAUAAUCAACCAAUUGAAGCUUACCUGAUUUUAAGAGUAUUUGUAGGAAUUGCCAAUGGAUUGAAUUAUGCACAAUCCAUCAUUUACGUCAAAUAGAUGAGUUCGAAAAAGGAGAGUUAAUUUUUCUUCAAACUAAUCCCCCUUUAAUUGCUAAUAGGCUAGUUUUUGGGAGCCUUUUGGUUGGAGCAUUCAAAUCAAUUUGCCACAUUUCAACAAUUUCUGAAUGUAGUUCUCAUACUCAACUCUGUAAGCGUUCUUCGAAUGAUUCUACUUUAGUUUUUAUAAAUCGAAACUCCUCAAUACUAUCUAUAAAUUCUCAAGGAUUCAAGGAGAUCCAAAAUGAUUUAUUAGGAAAUUCACAACGAUAACAUUCAAACCUACUUUGGAUUCGAACAAGAAACCCUCAGAAACAACAUCCACCAAAAUACUUCGGAGUAUCUGAUUUCCAAACCCUAUUUAAAGAAGUAUUUUAAAUGCUGCUUAUUAAUCGUGCUCACUCAAUUCACCGGGGAAACCUUAAUCUUUUCCUUCCUCUACUCACCGCUUACCAAAUCCUAUCAAGAUGUUGACAAUGUGUGGAUUUACGCCUUUGUCACUGGAAUAUCGCUGGUUGUGCUUCAAAUGGUAUUCUAUAACUUCAUCAAGAGAAAAAAGAUUAUCACCUUGAUUGGGUAAGCGAUCAUUUGUAUUGCGUUGGCAUUCCUAGGGUUUUCAAAUUCCCUUUGGGCACUCAUUCUAUUGCAAUUCGGGUAUAGUUUGGGAAUUGGCACUUAAAUCUUUUCGAUUAUCCCAUACUAAUUACCGGAAUUUGGCAUCCUCUAUUGUAUAAACAUACAAUGGAUAAUCGGAUUGAUUGAAAUGUGCUUCUAUGGGUUAUUUUUAAAUAAACUGCCAAGUAGCGACUCCUUAGAACAGGUGCAUGCACUACAAGAAUUAAUUUAGAUUUACUUUUUUGUAAGUUGCGUUGGAUUGAUCUUGAUAUUUAUUAUCCUGAGACAACCUAUUCGAACACAGCCCUAAUAGAAGAUUAAAAAAGAAGAGAAAAAGUCUAUAUGA